UGCGCGCGGCCGCGGCCGCCCCUCCGCAGCGGCCCGGCCGCUCUCAGCGCUGCUGCCGCCGCCGACAUGGCCCUGCGGGCGCUCUGGCUCCUCAGGCACGACCCCGGGGCCGGCGGCACCGUGCUCUUCUCCAGGAACUCUGUUGGUAUGAUAUUUUGGAUGGGAAAAGAUGAGUAGCACUAAGACGCUCUUAUUUCCAUGUCACAGACGUUACCCCACCGUUGAAAUACGCGCUGAGACCUUCAAUGGGUCAACACAUGUGCCUGUGCCAUCUGACAGUGCUUUUCUGAAAGCCUUGCUUUUUGAACUGAGACUCGUAGAUGACCAUAUUUUUGUGGAGCAUCGAGAUACUUGCACUCGAAUCAAUCAUUCAUCAGUAUAUUCAGUUCGCACCGAAGGAGGGGAUCUCUGGCCCGUGCUUGCUUUUCAGAAGAGUGGUCUGAUAUAUGCGUGUCUUCCACUAGUUGAGGAGACCUUGGAGCCACGGCCACCCCUCCUCACCGUUAGUGGGCUCUCGCAAGGACUGGCUCUUUUGUUAGGCAUUGUGGACUACAUCUCUCCAAGUCGGAAAAAUGAAGCCGAGAUGAGUGCGAAAAUAGGCCAGCUUCGAAAUUUGCUUAUACAGGCCUGUCCGCUUGGCACCCCCUUAAACACAAACAUACGCAGCUUAAACAGCUCGUUUGAUGACAUUCAGGAAAUGCCUACAGAUGAGAAUCAACCGGCUUGGAGAUCCAACACAUAUAAAGGCAAACCUCAGGUUAAUGUCUGUAUCACUGAAAAAGUCAAGUGUAAGCAGUAUGACAAAAGAGAUGUUGUGGACACGUGGCAAGUUUAUGGAGCUGUAAAUUGCAAGUGUGACAUAGAGGGAUCUGCACCAAACGUAACCCUCAGUUUGAAUCUCCCGACUAACGGUCCUCCGCUCCAAGAUAUCGUGGUCCAUCAUUGUGUGACUUCUGUUGACCCUGCCAUGCUGAUGUCCAGUAGUGUCGAGCCACUGGAUGAUUCUGUGUAUAACGGACCUUACAAAUUUCCUUUUGUUCCUCCUUCAGAUUCAUUCAACUUGUGUUACUACACUUCCCAGGUUCCUGUUCCACCAAUUUUGGGAUGUUAUCAACUCAUUGAAGAGGGAUCACAGUUAAAAAUAACAGUUAAUUUAAAGCUUCAUGAAAGCAUAAAGAAUUCUUUUGAGUACUGUGAAGCCCGUAUACCUUUUUUCAACAGGGGCCCAAUCUCUCAAUUAGAGUACAAAGUUAGUUACGGCCAACUGGAUUUGUCACGAGAGAAGAGCCUACUGGUUUGGGUCAUCGGACAGAAGUUCCCUAAAUCUUUGGAAGUUUCUCUGACUGGAACCGUGUCUUUUGGCACUGCAGGCAAAGAGCACCCAACUGAUUAUGUUUGCACUGGGAACACUGCUUAUGUAAAACUGUAUUUUAGGAUCCCAGAUUUCACCCUUACUGGAUGUUAUGUAGACCAGCAUUCUAUUCAGAUCUUUGCACCAGGAAAACCCAAAAUUACUGCAUCCCGGGAACUGAUUUCUUCUGAUUACUACAUCUGGAAUUCCAAAGCACCAGCACCUAUGGUGUACAAAACCUUAUUUGACUAAUUUGCUUGUGAAUUAUUUUUGUAUUUAAACAAAACAGCUAAAGAGAGUGAUGUCAUGAUACAGUGGAAAUAAAUAUUCUCCAGCCCUUGUA